AUGGGUUACCUCUCUUGUAAUGCCGAAUCCGCCAUUUCCACCUGCGAUUCUUACAAUUUGUCCAGGAAGAAAUCCUUUUCCAAUCCACAUAAUCACCAGUUUAAGAUUAGGGAUUUCUGUUUUGCAGAUCUCGAAGCGUCUACCAAGGGAUUCUCACACACCAAUUUCCUUGGGAAAGGAAGCCAUGGCUCUGUGUAUAGAGCCAUCCUUGACGGUGGUGCUUUGAUUGCCGCCGUUAAACGAACCACCACUCACCACUCGCCGGAUAAAACCAGUGUUCGCGGAAUACAAUGUACUGCAACUAUCGCCACUCCAGCGGAGAACGAGAUCGAGACGCUGUCUCGCGUUCGGAGCCCUAGAUUGGUGAAUUUGUUAGGGUUUGGGUCGGAUCCUGUUGACGGAAGGAAGCUGAUUGUUGUGGAGUACAUGCCCAACGGUUCGCUAUACGAUUUGCUACACAAGAACGACGCCAAAACCCCCGGGUUAGCCAGGCGAGUGAGGAUAGCAGUUCAGGUUGCGAAGGCGGUUCACCAUUUGCAUACCUCCAAUCCGCCGGUGAUUCACCGGGAUAUAAAAUCGUCCAACGUUUUGUUCGACGGAAAAUGGAACGCACGGCUCGGCGAUUUCGGUUUGGCUCUGAGAGGAAACGUGGAGGACGUGAAGGUCCGAUGCACACCGCCGGCGGGGACGUUAGGUUACCUUGAUCCAUGCUAUCUUGCGCCGGGCGAUCUGAGUGCGAAAAGCGAUGUCUUCAGUUUUGGUAUUCUUUUACUCGAGAUCUUCUCCGGCCGAAACGCGAUUGACCUAAAGUACAGUCCGCCGUCGGUGGUGGAUUGGGCAGCGCCGCUAAUAAGAUCGGGUGCAUACGGCGAGAUAUUUGAUCCGAACAUUGAGAUAUCAUCCGAUGAGUCCGCCGUGAGGCAGCUGGCGGUGUUGGCGGCGAGGUGUGUGAAAUCAACCGCGGAGAAACGGCCGGCGAUGGCGGAGGUUUUGCAGUGUUUGGUAACCGCAAGUAAGCGAAUAACAUCGCUAACAUGGAACAAUCUCGGCCUCGCACGGCCGCGCGUGAGGAGAUCGUGUCCGCCGUCUAUUAAAUACGAGCCAUUGAUUGAGAGUCCCGAGGCAGUCAAAGCAUCGAGGGCUUCGGCUUCCGCUUCGGCAUCCAGGAGAAGAACCAAGAAAGGUGCCACAAGCGUGCCAUUAAAAUUAAAAAACAAAUCCAACGACCUUGAUGAAACCGAUUCAAGUCACGUGUCAAGAUCUAAAUCGAUAGGGUCAUUUCACGAUAUUACAUCUCUACCGUCGGAUUCGAGUUUGGGGAGGAAAAAGGGAGGGCCAGGAUUGAGUGUAACAAUGAACAGGUCAAAGUCAACAGGGGAAUUGACAGGAUUGGUUUGCAAAAGAAAUUGUGGAAUUGUGUUGCAAAUGAUUAGAAAUCCAAAUAUUAGAGAACUGGAAUCAUCAAAAUUACUUGUCAAAUUCAGCAAAUUUUAA